GCCAGCAUCACAAUUUUCAGUUGAAUCAUAUCCCCUAUCAGUAUCAAAAUCUUGUUUGUAUACGACAUGUUCAACGACGAGGACCUCAUAGAAUUGUCUCAUCCCAAGUACUGGGAUGGGCGUUAUCGCUCUGAGCAAAGGGUUACCCAGAAUGGCAUACAACCAGUGCUCGAUUCCUAUGAAUGGUUUCGCAGCUUUGAGCAACUUCGCCCUUUUUUUGAAAACAACCUUCCACCCUCCUCUAGCGGAUGUCACAUACUCCAUUUAGGUUGUGGAAAUAGUAACUUAACAGCGGACCUUUACGCCCUUGGAUACACGAAUCAGACAAGCAUCGACUUUUCUCAAGUAGUUAUCGACGCGAUGAUGACGAAGUACUCGGAUCUGGAAACUCGAUGGGGUGUUAUGGAUGUGCGCGAACUACAAUUACCAGAUGGCUCAGUCGAUGUGGCAAUUGACAAAGGUACGCUUGAUGCUAUGAUUCAUGGCUCCUUAUGGGAUCCACCGGCCGACGUGCAGAGUAAUGUGGGUAAAUACGUAGAUGAGGUUGCGCGGGUACUCAAACCUGGCGGGCAAUGGCUCUACAUCACAUAUCGACAACCCCAUUUUAUGAAACCGUUGCUUGAACGCAAAGACUCGUGGGAUUUCGCGGUCAAGACACUGGGCGAUUCUCAAGGGACAGGCGAAUUUGACUACUUUGGCUUCAUUAUGAAGAGGCAUGAGGCUUCGAAUACUUCUUAGACAACCACACAUGCUGGAUGCGAGACAGAUACAACAUGGUAUCUCGCCAAAGUGACAUCUACUUUGCCUUGUGACAUGUCAGACAAUACCUUUUCCCAUACGACUCUGCCGUUCUGCGGACUCUCGUCAAGGCUUUGACCAACACUCUCAUGCCACUGUCCAUCGAAUAUGUUGUGAUAAUACCGAUCUUUGAAACGAGAUCAAACUCCGGCCAAGCGAUCCGCGAGGCAGUACCAUUACGGUAUGGGUCGAGGGUCCGCAAAUAUCUGCAG